AUGUAUUUGUCUCGCUGUGGAAGAUCUGCUGCCCGUUUGCUUCCCCUUGGAAGCUCCCGGGCGGCCGUUGUCUCCGCUCGCGCCUCUAUCGUGCCCAGAUUGGCUCCUCAAACGCGGGGAGUAUCAUCAUCCACUCGUGAUACGCAGCACAAGCUACUCGCCGCCUCCUUGGAGGACUCCGAUCCCGCCGUGUUCAAUAUCCUGCAGAAGGAGAAAAAGCGCCAAAAGCACUUCAUUAACCUGAUUCCCUCUGAGAACUUCACCUCACAAGCUGUCCUCGAUGCCCUUGGCAGUGUUAUGCAAAACAAAUAUUCCGAGGGAUACCCCGGUGCUCGGUACUAUGGUGGAAAUGAACACAUCGAUGCCGCUGAACGGUUGUGUCAGCAGCGUGCUCUCGAGACCUUCCGUUUGAACCCAGAGGAGUGGGGAGUGAACGUUCAGCCUCUGUCUGGCUCACCCGCCAACCUCAUGGCCUACUCUGCCCUUCUCAACACCCACGACCGCCUCAUGGGCUUGGACCUUCCCCACGGUGGCCACUUGUCCCACGGUUACCAGACCCCUACCAAGAAAAUCUCGGCCAUCUCCAAAUACUUUGAGACCCUGCCUUACCGCCUCGAUGAGUCGACUGGUCUAAUUGAUUACGAUGCGUUGGAGAAAUCGGCCGCUCUUUACCGGCCUAAGCUGAUUGUCGCGGGCACUUCGGCCUACAGCCGUCUGAUUGACUACCCUCGCAUGCGUGCGAUUGCUGACUCUGUGGGCGCCUACUUGCUGGCUGAUAUGGCGCAUAUCUCGGGUCUCGUGGCCGCAAACGUGCUCCCAUCUCCCUUCCCAUACUCCGAUGUCGUGACCACCACCACCCACAAGUCUCUGCGUGGUCCUCGCGGCGCUAUGAUCUUCUAUCGCAAGGGCGUGCGCAGCACCGACAAGAAGGGAAAUCCCGUGAUGUACGACUUGGAGAACCCUAUCAACGCAUCUGUCUUCCCAGGCCACCAGGGUGGCCCUCACAACCACACGAUCACCGCGCUGGCCGUGGCUCUCAAGCAGGCUCAAUCCCCCGAUUUCGAGGCCUAUCAGAAGACAGUGCUUCUCAACGCCUCUGCUCUGGCUGAGCGCCUGGGCGCUUCCACCAGCAACGGUGGCCUCGGCUAUAACAUCGUGUCUGGCGGCACUGACAACCACCUGGUGCUGGUCGACCUGAAGAACCGCGGCGUGGAUGGUGCUCGCGUUGAGCGCGUUCUUGAGCUGUGUGGCGUUGCUAGUAACAAGAAUACCGUACCCGGUGACAAGUCCGCUCUCAAGCCCGGCGGUCUCCGUCUGGGAACCCCUGCCAUGACCUCCCGUGGCUUCCAGCCCGAAGACUUCAGCCGCGUUGCUGAGAUUGUCGACCGCGCUGUCACUAUCACUCAGAAGCUAGAUAAGGCUGCCCGUGAGUCGGCUCAGUCCCGUGGUGUCAAGAACCCGGGUACUGUCAAGGCUUUCCUGGAGUACCUGGGCGAGGGUGAGGAGAUUUCAGAGAUUGUCCAGCUCCGUCAAGAGGUUGAGGACUGGGUUGGAACCUUCAGCUUGCCUUGGGCCGAGGACCAGUAG